UGGCGGUGCCACUGUUGUCGGCGCGGCCCUACGAGCACCUCUCGUUACAUCCCCGGGGGUGGGAGGGGGGCUGCCGGUAACGCCAGCGAGGCUGCGGCCGUGCCCCUCUCCCGUUGCGGUGCGGGCGGGUGCGUGCGCGGCUGCCCGAGGUCGCGGGAGGCGGCAGCGGUGGUGGAGAGGGAGGUCUCCCUCCCUCCUUGCGGCACCAUGAAAGCCGUGAGUCCCGUCCGGCACCCCAGCCGCAAGGCGCAGCCCGGCGUGGCGGGCGGCGGACACCCGGCCCUGCGGUGCCUGGCCGAGCACAGCGGCUGCAAGGGGGGCCCGCCGUCGGGCGAGGAGCCGGCGGCCCUCUGCCUGCAGUGCGAUAUGAAUGACUGUUACAGCCGGCUGAGGAAGCUGGUGCCCACCAUCCCGCCCAACAAGAGGGUCAGCAAAGUGGAGAUCCUGCAGCAUGUCAUCGACUACAUCCUCGACCUGCAGCUGGCUCUGGAGACGCACCCGGCGCUGCUCCGGCAGCAGCAGCAGCAGCAGCCGCCCGCCCUGCACCCGGGCAGCUGUCCCGCGGGCACCCCCAGGACCCCGCUGACGGCCCUCAACACUGACCCGGUAAGAGGCUGGCUCUGUUAACAAGCCGGGGGACAGCAUCCUCUGCCGCUGACCGCCGCUCCCCAGGUGUGCGGCGGCGCCGCGCAGAGGCACCGCGGGGGGCGGGCGGGGGGGGGGGGGGGACGGGACGGGACUGGGGAGACGGGACCCGGCCCCACCGCACCGGAGGAAGGAGCCAGCCAACCCCCCCCCACGCCCCCCCCCCGAGCGGUUCCCACGCUUCAUCCCGGCAGAGCCAGCCUUUUCACCGCUUUGCACGUCCGUAGCGGCCCCCCCCCCCGUUCCCGUUCCCGUUCCCGUUCCCCCCCCCCCGGCCCGGCCCGUCUCUUCGCUUCCGACCAGAUGUGAGCGGUGCGUCCCGCGGGGGCAGGAGGUGGUCGGACUCGAGCAGCAAAAAGUUGCGACUCUGCCCCGGGAUAGAGGACCGAGCCUAAACCAGCCUUUAGAAGCGUUAUAACUCUUUAAGGGACCGAGCAGCUGAAUCUUGAAGCUUUACUAAUCUACCAGAGCAUUUGUAGAUAUAUUUCACAUCUAUUGUUUAAAAUAGAUGGAUUUUAUUGGGGCCCAGGGAGCUUUCUUCUCCCUGCAGGAAUGUUACAUAUUGUAUAGAUAAAUGAGUGACAUUUCAUACUGUGUAUAUAUAGAGAUGUUCUAUAAGUGUGAGAAAAGUAUAUGCUUUAAUAGACUACUGUAAUUAUAAAAUAUUUUUAAUUAAAUAUUUUUUUGUAAAUAUUAUAAAGGUGUGUAUGUUUUUUUUAAAUCUGUGGGAAUAUCUAGAAAACCACAGCUCAAGUACGGAGCUGCUAAUAUGGAAAUACCUUGAAUGUUUAGGGCUUUUUUUUUUUUGUCCCCAAAUGUCCUUUAGACUCAGAAGUUACAGCUAUAGCUAAUGGUCCUGCAUGAUUGCAUGAGAUGUCUAAUUGCAAAUAAACUUGUUUGGAGUCCAUACAAACGUGUUUUCCUCAAUCUAGACUUAAAAUGUUUGUAAGUGUAUUAUACAUUUUGAGACUACACUUUUGUCAUUUAGGCACAGGGGUUUUUAGUGCAUUCUAUAAAAGUAGCAGUAAGAUGUAGUGUUUUUUACUGAGAAUAGAAAAACAAAUUCUAUCUAGUUUUUGCAUUAUGGGGGCAAUGCUUUAGAUCUUUAAUCAGCUUUUUCUUAAAAUCUGCUGUUGCAUCAGAUGAAGAAAUUUGUUCUGGAACUUCAUUUAGCACCAAAAGGUUUUAUUGCAAACUUAAAGAGUUCCUACAGCCUAUUAAUUGCUUAAGAAGUGAAAAGAGUUCUCUGCUUGCAACCAAAGGGCAAACCAUUAACAAAAGCAGUUGCUGUUUCCUUCGUCCAAAGAGUAUUAAUACUGAACUGCAGAAAGGCACAUGGGCAAAGUCAUUACGAUCGGUGAUGUAAAUUCAUCUGAAAAUGAACUUAAGUAGACCAAAAAUCGGAUAACUGCGUCAAGAUUAUUUUUCUAGUACAAAAUGACUUACAUUUCACUGCAGCUAUGUUACAGUUAAAAUCCUGUUUAAUCUCUGUGAUGUGUAACUACUACAUGUGAACAUUAAACUAGAUUUACCUGUCUUUAA